UGCAAGCAGAGGGACGACGGCGAGACUAGGCACACGUUGUUGUUAUUAUUAUUAUUAUUAUUAUUAUUAUUAUGUUGAUUAUAAUGCUUCACAGUUCAGAGUAGCCUAGCCUUGAAACUUUGAAACAUAGGCUAUAGGCUAUUACAAAGGGGAAGCAAGUUAGGCUAAGUGUGAUGUUUUGGCUGCAUGUUGUAAAAUCCAUCUUACCACCACCGACACAUCCUCUCAGGAGUGAUGGGUUCUAAGUUGACCAGACAGAGAAGUCUCGAUUUUGAAACUAAAGUGUCCAAGAGAAGACGCCAGAGGAAUGACUGCCCGGGAGAGAGCGAGAGAAGUGGCGGCAGAGACUUCUUGUUUACCUCCUUGAUGCUCAAGUCCGACAAGCUCCCGGGGAUGCUGCGGAAAACCAACCCCAGCCCAUAUGUCAGACGGGUGGCUUGGAUCCGAGAAAUCCAGAGGCUUCUCCGGGAGCAGAAGAUGGAGCAAGCAGCCGAAGUGCUCAAACUGCUGAGAAAGGAUUUGGGACUCCAGGGAACGUCACUCAAUGACAUUUUGUAUAAGAACGCAGCUUUUCUCAACCUGGUGGACCCCAUUUCUCAUGAGCUGCUGCUCAGUCUCGCCCGGGACCUGCAGUGUCCAAAAAGGGAGACCGACUCGUUCAAGUCCACCAACAAGAUCUGCCGCCGGCUGAUUUACCACCUGACCCCUCACUCCAAGUGGACGAGACAGAGCGUGCCCAGGAGGAAGUCUCAGGCCUGCCUGAAGACCACCCUGAAGAAGAAAUUGUCUGGUGACGUCGUCAACCUGUCAGGCAUCCCGCUGUCUGGCCGAGACAUCCACCGCGUGGCCUUCUACCUCCAGAGCAGCAGUGAUGCAGUGUCGGCUGUGGACCUGAGCUUCACCGAGCUGCAGGAUGAGAGCUUACGGCUGCUGCUGCCCUCCCUCAGCUGCCUGCCCAAACUGACCAUACUAGCUGUCAACGGCAACCGUCUGACAAUGGCCAUCCUGAAAGACCUGACAGAUGCAGUGAAGGAUCCUAAAAAGUUCCCCAGCCUGGCAUGGGUCGACCUGGGUAACAAUGUGGAUGUCUUCACCGUGCCGCAGCCGCUGCUUGUGGCCCUGCGGCGCCGCUUCGGUUUGCGCAGUAGCCUCCCCACCAUUUAUGAGUACCGGGAAGCGCAGGAAUUUAGUGGCUACAACCCAAACAUGGAGACGUCUGUGGAGGAGCCCAGUCUCUUCCCAUUAUUUGCCACUCCGCUGAAGCAGCUGGGGGUUAAGUGCCUUGCACAAGGGUACCUCAACAGUAGCAGUUGA